AUGUCUUACGAUCUCAGAGAACUCGCCGGCCUCCGCGAGCAGAUCCUCGAAAACUACAGUGUCAUUGAUCCUGGUAACUGUGACGCACUCCUGGUCACUGUUCUUCGCAACAAGACCAGCGAAGAGCUUGUCAUGUAUCCCCCCGUCACCUACGGUACUGAAUACGUCUACGAGGCUGUCAUCCUCUCCUCCCUCGACAAGGGCUACCAGAUCUUGAUGAAGUCGUCCAGUCCCUGGAGCAACAGCAUCUCCGCUAUGACCAGACUGUACGACCAGACUUGCAAGGUCCUGGGCGAGAAGAUGUCGGGUCACAGCAAGUGA